CAGAGCCUUAGGGGUGUCAGAUUCAUAGACCUGUCACAAGGAAAAUCACAAUUCAUUCGUGUGUGAAAUUUUACAAAGAUAGUAGAGUAUUAACUUGAAGUUUAAUGUACCAAGGUGGUUUAAACUGUUGAGGAGAAGGAAUUUAUUUUUCAUUCAUUUAAAAAGGAUACUUCUCUAAACAGCUGAGAUUUCACCAUAAUUUAUGUAAAGAAAAUGGAUUAGUUUAGUGACAAAAAAAUAUGAGGUUUCGAAGAAAAAAGAAAUCUAAAAAAAAAGAGAAAGAGAUAAAAGCUGACGACAAAGAAAAACAAAAAAAUGGUGAAGUUAAAACAGCCUCCUUAGGUCCAAAUACACCACAACCAGAAAAAAGAAGUAAAUUUUCUAGCUUUGGUAAAAUAUUUAAACCAUGGAAAUGGAAGCGAAAGAAGAAGAGCGAAAAGAUAGAAAAAACUGCUGUUGAACUUGAAAGAAAGAUUUCAGUUCGAUCAACCAGAGAAGAAUUAAUCAGGAAGGGUGUAUUGAAAGAACCAUUGGACAUAAAACCAUCAACACAAGAUGGCCCCUCAAUUGAGCAGACGUCAGCAGAAAUCAAUAAUGACCAAAACAAAACCUCUACAGUUAUAGUAGAACAAAACCAUGUGGACCAAAAUAGCACAGAUACAGAUAAAGCUGAAGGGACAGAGAAACUUAACCCAGGGGAGAAUGUUAAUUCAGUGGUAACAACAGAAUUGACACAGUGUACAACCAUUACUACACAAGCUGAAAUCACACCUGUUAGUUCAAGUGCUGACACACCAGCUCUAACCACUGCACAGGCCAGACCUAUGGUAUUUCCUAAACAUCCCAAUGCUGAUAAACCUGAACAAACUCCAAAGGAGGUUACCAUGGAAACAGCCAUUCCAACAGAAACUUCCACAUCUAAUGAAGAUACAUCUGUAUCAGAUAAACCUUCAGCUGUAGAAGUUACAAAAAAUAAUGAACAACAGCAAGUAGAUAAACCAGAACAAAAGAAUGGAAAGCAGGAGGAAGAGGAAGAGAAAGAGCCAGAAAUAAUAUAUCCUGAGGGAUACGCUCCUGUCCCUGCUAGUGAACCGGACUUGUCAUUAAUACCUAAAAAAAGUGCUUUGAAGGGGGCAGGUGGCGGAGGGGGAGGUGAUAUUAUAAAGCCUGUCACACCUGUGUCUAGAGAUAAAAAUGAUAAUCAUUCUCAUGUGAACUUUUCUCAUGUCGAUGUUAUAACUACACCUCAGAUAUCAAAUGUGAUAAAACAGCCCUCACCAAAGCCUUCACCAAAAUCUACACCCUUAUCUAGUGCUAUGGCGCGGCCAAAACUUAGAGGUGGUUUAGCGCAUUUUUCUACAGACAGCAAUAAAGAAAAUGUACCUAUUCCUGUUUCCAUGCCAACAGUUCCUCCAACUACCACGUCUUUCCAUUCUAAUGAUGAUUCCUCGUCAGAUGAUGAAGAGAUUCGUUAUCGUGAUGACGAGGAAGAAGAUGAAGAACAAGAACUUAGUUCAUUAGCAGCAAAAGUAGCUCGCCAAGAUAGUUUAGCAAAAUUUUUAAGCGCUCGACCAACACGGCAUGAAUUAGUAGAGAAAAAUAUUAUACAUUCUGUAACAGAAGAUCAAUUUACAGAGAGGAGGUCUGCCAUAGGAACAGCUUUAACUAGACGAUUGAGUUUGCGUCCUUCACAAGAAGAAUUAGAACAAAGAAAUAUUUUACACAUGCAAAGUAGUGAAGAAGCAAGGAAAGAAAAAGAAGAGAAGAAAAAAUUUCUGAUAAGAAAGUUAAGUUUUAGACCAAGUAUUGAAGAAUUGAAAGAAAGAAAAAUUAUCCAGUUUAGUGAUUAUGUUGAAUGGACAGAAGCUCAUGAGUAUGACAGAAGGGCAGAUAAACCUUGGACACGGUUAACACCUAAAGAUAAGGCUGCCAUUAGAAAAGAAUUAAAUGAAUUUAAAAGCAAAGAAAUGGAUGUUCAUGAAGAAAGUAAACAUCUAACUAGAUUUCAUAGACCUUGACAUAUAUAGACAUUUUAGUGAUAACCAAAUCAUAUAGCAAAAAGUGCUGGAGCUGGCCAAAACAGACAAACCAGGAUUGGUUAUACAGUUCUACUGGUAGACAAUGUAUGUGGAACAUCAGGGACUGUAUCAUGCCAGGACUCUUGUUUAUUUUAUUGUCAAAUUGUUUCAGUUAUAUGGUACAUCAGGGAUUUAUAGCUUUGCUAUAACUUGAAUGGGGAAUAUUAAAUUGCAUAAUUUAUAUUUUAAAUUAAAUUGUUAUUAUUGUACUUAGAAUUUUGUUGUUUUAUCAAUAAAUGUUUUCAAUUCUAAUACAAUUUAAAGAAGUGUCUUUUCUUCAUGAAAAUUAAUAUAAACAAGUACUAUUUAUUUUGAGAGAAUAAGUUAGAGCUCUGAACAUGUGAAAUAAAAAAAAAUAGUGUUGUGAAAUAAACUUAAACAAAAGAAAAAUAGGGCACACACUCACAGAUGCAAAUUAAGUGUUCAAAAAUUUUGAAAAUUUUUGGUGUUGCUAACUUUACAGUACAAAACGAUAAAAACAUUUUUGUUUAUGUUAAAAGACACAUUUUAACUAAGUAUUAUAAUGUGAACAGAUAUCAAGCUAUUCAAGAUCUGGUUCUGUGUGGAAACAACUGGCAUGAUGAUACUGUCUAUAAUGAAAGAUAUCCCCAUAAUUAGCAUAGCUUGAUCAAUUUUAAACAUAUAAGAUUGAGAUGCAAUAUAUAAAUGUACCCAUGUUAGGUGUAUUAUAUUAUACAUUUUACAUAUAGGAGAUGUAAAAUUUUGUUGCAUUUUUUGAUACAUGAUCUUGUUAACAUUGUAUAAAUAUCAUUGGAUGAACCUAUACAUUGUAAAUAUUUGUCCUUGUCAUCCUUAAACAAAUUAAUUUAUCUAUUUUUUACUUAAUGCACCCAUUAUAUGUUAAAUUUUUAAAAGAUGUGCCACAUAGGAAUAAUUAUAAUGAUAUCAAAUGAUAAGUAAUUAUAAAUGUCUGAUUGUCAACUGAAGUUUAACGUCAUUUAGAUUUUAAGGGUCAAGUAAAUUUGUUGCAUGUGUUCAUGAUUCAAUUGACUCUUAAAAUUAAUGUUGUGUAACUUAAAGUGAUAUUUUUGAAACAGUCUUGAUAUUUGACUUGCUUGCAUUUACCUGUUUAAGUGUUGUCAGCUGAAAACUUAAAACUUUUUAUAAUAAAAAUCCUGGAACACACUUUCUCAGUAGAAAAUAUAUACUUGUCUUCAACUUUUAAGAAUCUUUAUUUGAAUAGGAAUUGUACCUAAAGUUUUAUUUACUUAAUUUUUAGCAAUGGCUACCUGAAUACCUGAUUUUAAAGCUCAUAAUGCAAUCUCAAUCAGUUAUAAUGUCAAAACUUUCUCAUGAGUAAAACUGUGAGGGAAACUUAAAAAUUGGACAGUAAUAUUGUAAUAUGAAUGGAUAAUUCUAUAAGUCAAUCCAACAAAAUUUAUAAGUGAAAUGAUUAUAAUGACCUCUUCUGCGAGUUUGACUUAGCAGAUUCAAUUAAAAUAUUAAGUAACAUUUCUUGUGUGGCAUAAUUUUCCUUUGACUGCAUGCUGUUUAAAUGCUUACUUCUAAAGUGAAAACAUAAAAGUAAUGACUUUAUAUUUGUGAUCUUCUCAAGCUUUAAAUUGAUAGAUGAAAUAAAGACAACUACACUCAUGUUAUCACUCAGUUCUGUGUUUAUACAGGACAACUUGUUUGACCAUUCUCUAAAUAGUACACAUGUGUGUUGAUAUCUUUAUUUUCUUUAUCUAAUAUCAGGCAAAAUACACCUUUUGAAUGUUGACACAGUUAUAUACCUUGCCAACAAAUAAAAAAACAAUUAAGAAAAUAAUUUAAUUACAACUGUUAACACCAGAACAAAUCAAACAUCGUACAAGGAAUCUGUCUGGAUAUAAAUUAGUGCAAAUAAAGUUUCUGCUUGCCCACAAAGUACACAUACUAUGUUUUGUGUCUAAUUUAAAAUUUGCCUUAUAUAUAUACACAAGAAAAGGUUAUAGUUUAGUGAAAUUUGAUUUAGUUUAGUUUGU